UAUCAUACAUUACACAACGUGACAUUUUGACAAGUGACUGAGAGUUGGUAUUUCCUUUUAAAACAAUUUACAACUGAAUUUCUUAUUUUAUUUUUUGUCAUCACCAAACACUUCAAAAAAUAGUGCGAAAAAAAUCUUGAAAAAGGUGAUGUUUAAAGCAUGGCUGCAGAUGGCCAGCAAACAACAAGCGGUGAUGGCAACUUUAUGUCCAAAAAGAGAACAGUAACCUACCAAACACUGACGGCGAAGCGUCUUAAGAACCUCAAAAAUGUCACAAAACUAGAAGAAGGCUGUGAAAUCAUUAUCGACAUCAGUAAGAAAGGUAGAUGUCAGUUCAAGCUUUUACAGGAGAACGGCCACGAGGGGAAAUCCAACCAGUCUUUGGGUCGAGAUCUACCAACUGUAAUGGCAGACACUAGCUCUGGAAGUUCUGGAAGCCCUUAUAAUGGGCAGACCCGCUCCAAUAAUAACAAACUGAAUGGAGCUGAUGAUGGGGACUCAAACCAUACAAAGAACACUUUGGAAGGACCAGGGUUUCCUCCACUCAACCAGUAUGUGGCUCUCGACUGCGAGUUUGUUGGGGUCAGAAACGACCAGUCAGCUUUAGGUCGAUGCAGUAUAGUUGACCAUGAGGGCGGGGUGUUAUGUGACGUGUACGUACAACCAGAAGAGCCUAUCACCACCUAUCGUACACGCUGGUCUGGCAUCACCAAGAAACACAUGAAAAACGCGAUCCCACAUGAGUUUGCUCUGUCAAAGAUUUCUGCCGUACUUGAAGGGAAGAUUGUCGUAGGUCAUGACCUGUUUGGGGACUUCUCUGUGCUGGGAAUGCGACCAAGACGAGAGUUUAUUCGCGAUACCAGCAAGUUUCCAGGGUUUGGUGGGGAUGGGGGACAGAAGAUGUCCCUGAAAAGAUUGGCCCUCAAGUAUUUUGGUGAUCACAUCCAGGUCGGCUCUCACUGUUCAGUGCAAGAUGCUCGAACAGCCAUGUCACUGUAUAGACUUGUUAGACAUGAGUGGGAAACCAAUCUCCUUAAACAGGGCAAAUGUGUAAACCAAUCUGAUGAUUCUGGUAACCAAUCUGAUCAAUCAUCACAAAACCAGUCUACAUCAGGAGAGGGUAACGCUGACACACCUAGCGACAAGCUGACAUCUAGCAACAGAGGUUCAGUUAAUGGCUCCUUGUCCAAUAGGGAUAGUUGCCUAGGAAACCAUUUUGGGAAAUUGUCUCGUCCUGGUGAUGAACUGGCUUGUAUUCUUACAAAAGGUAAAAUGUCAUUAUCUAGUGAUAAUCAAGUUAAAUCAGCAUCUUGUAAUAACAAGGAAAGCAAUUGCAUUAAUGUUAAAAGAAGUGAAAAAGACGAUACAGUUGUUAGUCUUAACUACUGGGAAAUAGACUGUAAGGAGAAGGUUGGUAUUAAGAAGGAAAUGGAAAAGACAGUUAAUAACGGAACUGAUCAAGUAACGGAAAUGACAAGAAGUAAAAGAGACAGCUGUUUGGCUUUGAAGGGAGGAAAAGUUUCUAAAAAGAAGAGAAAAAACAAAAAGAAGAAUAAAACUCACUUUGGUCAGAUAAAUAGUGGAAAUCAUUCCGUGGAAGAAUAUUUUAAGGCAGGAAGUAAAAACUCCGUUCUUAAAAGGAACAGUCAGAAUAUUUGUAAAAAAAAUGCUCUAUGUGAGAGUAUUUCUACUUCAUGUAAAGAUAUAUCAAAACAUCAAAGUGAAGACUUGCAUGUCAAAAAAAGAACUUUGAAAUUGAAUAAUUCAGAGGAGGACGAAGUCACGUAUUCCACUACUGUUAAUCAUUUGUAUAAUGAUGAGUUUUGGCCCCAGUUAAAUCAAGAUAGUUGAUAUAAUAAUGGUAUUGACUGUCGUGGGAAUUGUUUAUUAUUUUUAUUUCUACAUUGUUGUUAAGUACAUGGAUUUCCAGAUUUAAAAAUUUAAUUUGAUAUGAAUGUGCAUUUCAUUGUUAUGCCAAUGAAUAAACCUAUACUUAAAUUGUUGUA